UGAUUGCUUGUAUAAUGUAUUCGGUUUGGCUUGGCGGAAAAAAACUUUUCAAUCUUCGUAACUUAACCUAAGUUGUUAAAGUCACAGAUCACAAUAACUAACGGGUUAAAGAAGUCUAGAACUAUACGCUAGGCUAACACAGCUAUGGAGGACAUGGAAUCGGUUACCAGUUAUGAUUCCAUAAAAAAUAAUCCAAAAUCGUUACAUUUACUUAUGAAUCAAUUUGUGCACAUAGAACUGAUUCAAAAACGUUCGAUAAACGGUUAUAUACAUGCUAUUGAUCCAGAAGGAUACAGCAUAAUUCUCUUGGAGCCCAGAGGAGAUAAUUAUCAAACAAUCUUAAUACCAGGUCACUCUAUACUCAAUCUUUCGGUUGUAGAUUCAAAACCAAUUAUUAAACCUGAAGAGAAGGCUAUACAUAAAUCUACUACUGAUUUGGUAGAAAGAAGAAGGAAAUUAAUGUCAUGGUUUAAGAAAAAUCAACUGUCAGUUACAGAAAAAGAUGACGAAAUAGUGUUAGGUAGUGUUAUAAUUCUCCCGCCGUAUGACAUCACUAGUAUAUACUCUACAAAUUUAAUUGUAACUAAGCAUGUAAGGGAUAUUGUGGAAAAAAUGCCUGACAAUUUUGUAGAGGAUUAAUAAUGUUGUAAAUCAAAAGUUGUCCUGAAUUCACAGGUCUGAAAGAAGUGGCUGUGUUUGUAUUAUCAUUGCUUUAAACAGUGAUAUCUUAAGAUAAGUUUUUUUUAUGCCUUGUCGUCCUAUAAAUAAGGAUUAUAAUCCUGUAACAAAACAUUAACAUUACUAUAAAAAUACAGCUUUAAGUCAUGGUAGUAGGCCUCAUUAAUUUUUAUGAUGCUCACACAUAGCAUAUUAAUAUUAAUAAAGUUAUUAUUUCAUUCGGUGAUCUGAAAAUAUGAUGUAAAUAAAGAAUAUAGUACUUUUAAAA